AUGGGUCGCUCUCAGGAACACAGUGAAUGCAAGCGUGGUACUGUGAUAGGUUGCCACUUGUGCAAUAAGUCCACCCAUGAAAUGUACUUGCUACUAAAUAUUCCACGGUCAACUGUUAGUGGUAUUAUAACAAAGUGGAAGCAGCUGGGAACAAUAGAAACUCAGCCAUGAAGUGGUAAGCCAUGUAAAAUGACAGUCAUUUGCUAAAGACCUCCAAACUUCAUGUUCCAGGGAACUCUUAAGGAGUCAGCAUACCAAGACAUUUUGGGACAAUUUCAUUCUCCCAACUUUGUGGGAACAAUUUGGAGAUGACCCCUUC